AUGGGUCACGGCGAUGUGGGCGAUGAUGGCAACCUCGAGGCCCUGCCCGACUUCGAACUAGUCAUACCCCGCAAGCGAGGACCCCAGCACAAGAGGAGGUCGGUGGAGCAGGUCUACAUCGAGGCCAGGAGGCCCGAGCUUGUGUGCAUGGCGUGGGUGCCCGAAUUGCGGACGGUCUUGGCGGGACGGGAGGACGGUAAGGUUGCCUACUGGAGGCUGAUGGUGCUCAACAACGACGUGACGAUAUCGAAGGACUGUCGAGUGUUCGAAGGCCACCGCGGCAGGGUCGGCUCGAUGCUGUCCCUGAGGGAACAGGCGGAUUGCUUCUCGGGAGCAAUCGUCGUCUCCGGAGGUGCCGAUGGCCAGAUUCGCGUCUGGGACCCGAGGGUCGAGAUCGAGGGCGCCGUCCAGGACAUCUCCGGGCACGACGGAACCGUCACCGCGCUCGCCCAGUGCCACGCGUACCUCGCGUCCGGCAGCACCGACAGGACCGUGCGACUGUGGCGACCCGGGGGCACGCCGGGUGAGGUUCCGAAGAAACCGUCCGGAGUGACGUACCCGUGGUUCGAGCCGCACAGGGUGUUCAUCCUCGGCACGUUGCCCGGCUGGAUCAACACGCUGACGUUCGACUCCACCGGUGAGGUCGGGGACCUCGGUUCGCUCUUCGCGGGGGACUCGGAGGGCGCCGUCGUUCGAUGGAGACCGGCGAAGUCGAUACGCGACCUCGGCGGGUGUGACUUUGUCGAGGGAUCGACUCACACAGAGGGAUCGACUCACGACGAGCCGUUCGAGCGCGUCCCGCUGGACCCCAACGGCAGCUCUCGCGGCGUGUUCAAGGCUCUGUACAUCGCGGAGGAGAACAUGGUCGUGACUCUGGCGUACGAUAUGAAGGCGAGGGGUUACGAUACGUUGAGCGGGCGCCGGAUGAUGGAGCUCGAUAAUCCGGAGCGAUGCAUGUUCACCGCAGUGGUUUACGUCGGCGAGACCCGCGAGCUGUUCCUCGUCGACCGACGCGGGUACUUUUACAUAUACGACCUACGUCUGGAGUGCGUCACGCUGAGGGAGCAGCGCACGGGUCUCGCGACGGUGUUCGAUGAGAACACGAAGAAGGGGGAUUGGUUGCCGGCGGCAGAUUUGGCGCUGCUUCGUGGCGCGCCCAGCCUCCGGGCCCUCGUUCUCACCGCGCAAGGCUUGGUCAAGGGGAUCCAGAUCUGCCGCGAGAAGAUAUUUCAAUUCCUUUACAAGCCGGGGGAGGGUCACGUCGGGCCGGUCAUCGCGCUCACGGCCGGGAUGGUCGACGACCAGGAGCGAAUAAUUUCCGCUUCUCAGGAUGGGUCCAUCCGACAUUGGGACACCUACGACAUGUGCUCGCUGCGGGUGUUCACCGACGACUCCGCGUCGGAGAUUACGUGCCUGGCCUACUCGCGUCACAACAGGAAGAUCAUAACCGGGCACGAGGGAGGCGAGGUGAGGCUGUGGGGCGUGGAUUCUGGUCAGUGCAAAGUGAUGUACGUCCCCGAAAAGGCGCAUGCCAACACGGUUUCGUGCUGCGCUCUCGUCUCGACGACCGACCCGACCACCGGCGAGGCCAUGGAGACGCUCUACACCGCGGGCUUCGACGGCAGGGUCGGAUUAUGGGACCUGCGGUCGACAGAUGGGCGGUCACCGUACCUAAAACUGGGGUGGAAGGCGCACGAGAAGGAGAUUCUCUCAUGCGUCGCGUGGGCGUCCAAAGAGUGCGUCAUCACCGCCGGGAACGAGGGGAUCAUCAGGCUGUGGAAGGGACCGGAAGAGUUGAUCGGCGAGCUGACGGGUCACGAACGCGCGGUGACGUGCAUGGCGAUGCGCGGGACGACGCUCUUCUCUGGUUCGGAGGAUCGUACCGUUCGGGUAUGGGACACGGAGAAGGCGUCAAGUGAAGGCGCUCUCCUGGAGACGCUCGACGGUCACGAGAGCACCGUGGUUGGGGUUUGGGCGAUGUCGUCCACCGGUCACCUGAUUUCCGUGUCAACACACGAUCCAACGAUCACGGGCGAGCGACAGGGUAAGUUAAUCUUAUGGGACGUCCAGCAAUCCGAGGUUAUCGAGGGUGCGCUGAGUGACGAAGUUAAGGCAGACCUUGAGGAGAAAAUUGGGCGGCUGAAGGAGGGUCUCGAGUCCGAGAAGGACGAGGAAAAGAAGGUGAAGAUCAAUGAAGUCCUUACCGGUUUCGAGACGCAGCUCGAGGAGUCGAGUAAGGGUGAGGUUUCGAUGCAGCGGCUGAUACUUGACACGUUCACACAUCCGGAGAAGUUCAGGUCUGUUACCGUGAGGGAGGGUGAUAACCAGGUGCUGCUGGGAACCGCGGAGUGCAGCAUCGUGGCAACUCGCGCGCUGCCAGAGGACGUAUGGACGGAGUCGGGGCUCCCGCCUAGACAAAGCAACUGCCCACCUUCGCGGCAAUGGGAGGCAGACUCGAGACUGUGA